AUGUUGGCUCUGCGAAGAGUUGCCGCCGCGGCGCCUGUGGCCCGCCAAUUCUCUGCUGCCCCAAGGGCCGCAGCCACAUUUGCUUUCUCUAACCAGAGGUACUACUCGUCGCAAGGCGAGCGCGUGGCCAAGUUCACCGGCAAGAAGGAUGCCUCCGGUCGUUACCCCGUCAGCUUGAUCGAGGGUGAUGGUAUUGGCCCCGAGAUCUCGGAAGCUGUCAAGCAAAUCUUCGAGGCCGCCAAGGCCCCGAUCUCGUGGGAGCCUGUUGACGUGACGCCCAUUCUCAAGGACGGCAGGACCGCCAUUCCCGAUGCCGCCAUCGAGAGCAUCGAGAGGAACAAGGUUGCCCUCAAGGGCCCCUUGGCUACUCCUAUCGGCAAGGGCCACGUUUCCCUGAACCUGACUCUCCGCCGAACCUUCAACCUUUUCGCCAACCUGCGGCCUUGCCGCUCGGUCGCGGGCUUCAAGACCCCGUACGACAACGUCGACACGGUCCUGAUUCGUGAAAACACCGAGGGCGAGUACUCUGGAAUUGAGCACGUUGUCGUCGAUGGUGUUGUCCAGAGCAUCAAGCUCAUCACCCGCGAGGCCAGCGAGCGCGUGCUUCGUUUCGCUUUCCAGCAUGCCCAGGAGAUCGGCCGCAAGAAGGUUCGCGUCGUCCACAAGGCCACCAUCAUGAAGAUGAGCGACGGUCUGUUCCUUAGCGUAGGUCAACAGGUCGCCAAGGACUUCCCUGGCAUCGAGUUCGACGCCGAGUUGCUCGACAACACCUGCCUGAAGAUGGUUACCGACCCGCUUCCUUACAACGACAAGGUCCUCGUCAUGCCUAACCUCUACGGUGAUAUUCUGUCCGACAUGUGCGCUGGCCUGAUUGGUGGUCUCGGCCUGACGCCCUCGGGUAACAUUGGUGACGAGUGCUCAAUCUUCGAGGCCGUCCACGGUUCCGCUCCGGAUAUCGCCGGCAAGGGUCUUGCUAACCCCACCGCCCUUCUCCUCAGCUCUAUGAUGAUGUUGAGGCACAUGAGUCUCGGCGAGUACGCCGACCGCAUCGAGAAGGCAACCUUCGACACGCUCGCCGAGGGCAAGGCCCUGACUGGCGACCUUGGUGGCAAGGCCAAGACUCACGAGUUUGCUGGCGCUAUCAUUUCCAAGUUGUAA